AUGGAUGCUUGCUCGAUAAUAGGAGAAAGCACGGAUGCGAUAGUGAUGGAUGAAUCUCCUUCAGAUGAAAGGGGGAUUCAGGAGGCUUGCCAGAGUGAAAUCCCGGCAGUGUCUCUGUGCCCUCCUGACAGUGAUUGUGCUACUGAGGCCAAGUUGACAGUCGCCCAGUCUGAAGGGGAGCUGUGUGACAGCUGCAGCAGCCUCGGCAGACCCUCUUCCUCCUGCCAGCUUUAUCACCAAGUCCCACAGGGGCCUCAAGGUGAGGCCUACGAUUCACUGCAGCCCCGAAAAUGUUCCCAUUGCAGUCAUUACGGGCCAAUCAAAUCAAACACCUGCCACGACUGUCAAUCAAACACAGGUGCUCGUGCUGAGGGAGGUGUAGUGGUCAAAGUGGGACAUAGUUGUAGUUCUGCCCAUCAGACGUCUCAUCACGGCGCGGUGAGAUGUCACUGGCUGCACGGGUCAAAUGAGAGCGGGGCACAGAAACCGACGCAGCGACACGUGGUGACAGUAAGGGAUGGAGGACUCUACUGCAUCCUUAGAAAUUAUUCCCAGGUGAUAGUGGACUACCCGUUAGCAGUGUUGAUGGGUUGUGCAGUGCUGCUGCUGGGAUGCUCACUAGCCGGACUCUUCAUCGGUCCGCUGCCGGACUUCUCUGACCCGCUGCUGGGCUUUGAGCCACGGGGAACAUACAUCGGCGUUCGCCAGGCCAGCUUGUUGGAGCUGCAGCAGAACACAGGCCCGGGGAAACCUCUGUCUCCUUUACCACAGCAGCUCAGUAAAAGUUUUGGGGGUGCUGCUAGUGGAGAUGUCAGUGGCAGCCAGGAUUCCUCCAGGCUUCGCAUAAAGAGGAUGCUGGCCAGAGAUUCAUCUCCAGACACCUUCCUCUGCGAUGCUCCAGGCGAGCGUUUGGCUCAGCUGGUGUUUCGAUCAGAAAACUCAGCCAGUCUGUGGAGUCUGAAGGCCAUCCACUCCAUGUGUGAGAUGGAGCAAUCCAGGAUUCGUUCCCAGGCUCAGUUCCAGGACCUGUGCCAGCAGCAUGUGAGGGGGGAGGCGGAGGGAAUGUCCAGGAGCGGCUGUUGUCCGAGCUGGUCUCUAGGGAAUUACUUGGCUGUGCUCACUAAUGCCUCCUGCUGCCUCAGCCUCACCUCACACCAGGUGUCUGAGUCUCUGAGCCUUCUCCGGAAAUGUGCUCCUCACUAUCAUGAAGGACAUCUAGUGGAAGCCUGUGUUGAGAGACCCAAACAUGGCGGCUGUUCCUCCGUCCCAUCCCGCUGUAAACAGUCCCGCGUGGUGUUCCAAAUCCUUCACUUCCUGGUUGAUAAAGACUUCCUUGGCCCGCAGACUGUUGAAUACCAGAUCCCUACACUGAAGUACAGCCUUCUGUUCUUACCCGUCGACAAAGGCGAACACAUGAUGGAGAUGUACAUGAACAGUCUUGAAGGCAGGGAUCUGACGCACAACAACACGACUAUCACUGGCAUGGACUUUGGCAUCAAGCAGACACUGUUCAAGUAUUACCUGGCCAGAGAUUCAGUCUACCCUGUCCUGGCUGUUGUGUCUCUUCUUCUCACUAUGGCCCUUUAUCUCCACUCUCUCUUCAUAGUAGCAUUAUCUGCACUAGCAAUCGCAGGCGCCCUCCUGACCUCCUAUUUCUUCUACAAAGUAGCAUUUCGCCUGACUUUCUUCCCCCUGGUCAACCUCUCAGCAGCCCUUAUUCUCCUGGGAAGCUGCUCCAAUCAGGUUUUCAUCUUCACUGAUUUCUGGAAUCUGCAGUUAUCCCAGCAUCCCUCCGCUUCCCUGGAGAAGAGAGUAAACAGAGCUUUGCAGGAAGUGGGCUAUUUGAUUUUAGCGUCUGGGUUGACCUCCAGCGCGGCAUUUUUCUCUGGUUAUCUCAGCAGCAUCACAGCAAUCAGAUGUUUCUCUGUUUAUCUCGGAACUGCCUCGUUUAUCAGCUCAACCUUGGCGUUGGUGUGGUUGCCGUGCGCUUUCAUACUGCGUGAGCGCUACACAGCAGCAUCCACUGCAGCUGUAGCGGUGCAGGGAUGGAAACCAUGCUGCUCCAAAAACGCUGGCGGCUUCUGGGAUACAAGCUCGCGCAAGAGAUGCCUCUUCACUCUUGGGCAGAAGCUGAGAGAAUUAAGAAGAGGUCUCACAGACACUUCCAACUUAUUAUUUAUGAAAAUCCUGCCUUGCGGAGUGGUGAAGUUUAGGUACAUCUGGGUGUGCUGGUUUGCAGUGCUCGCUGCUGGGGGCACAUACAUGUCUUGCAUUGAGCCAGGCAUGAAGCUGCCCACCUUAGACAGCAAGGUCACCCAGCUUUUCCGCUCCAGCCACCCGUUUGAAAGAUACGACGCAGAGUAUCGUCACAUGUUUAUGUUUGAGAGACAGAGGGAUGGAGAGGAUAAACCUGUUACACUGAUGCUUGUUUGGGGUGUCAAACCAACUGAUAACGGCGAUCACUUUAACCCCAAAAGCAAUAGCUCUUUGGUUCUUGACCCAAACUUUAACAUGAGCCGGCCAGACGCUCAGGUUUGGUUGAGGGACUUGUGUGGACGGGUUCAGAACCAAAGCUUUUAUUUCCCUCCAUCGCCUGAGGAUAAAGAUAUUAUGACAGACAAUAUCUGUCUUGUGGAGCAGCUAAUUCACUGGGUAUCUGUCAGACGGUGCUCGGAAAGUGAUGACUCCCUCCAUUUUUGCUGUAAUGACAUCCCUUUCCCCUACCCACCCAGCGUUUUUGAGAACUGCCUCAGUAUGAUGCUGGCGGAGAGGUAUGCCGAGGGCCAUCUGGUCCACAGCAGAGGCCUGUACUUCCAGCCAGAUGGCAGGGUCGCUGCCCUCGUGUUGGCAUUCAAAACCACAUACCUCUACAGCGUCAACUACAGCAGAACCAGUCUUUUCUAUAGAGAAAUCCUGACAUGGUUUAACAGAGAAAUAUCAGGAGCACCAGAAGGGCUGGAGAACGGAUGGUUCAUCAGUCAUCUGUCUCUUUUUGACCUACAGCAGUCUUUGAGCUCAGAGACUCUGCUAGUAGCUGGCUUCUCAGUAGCUCUCACAUUUGCUUUGCUUCUCUUAACUACCUGGAAUAUUCCACUGAGCAUAUAUGGGACUGCAGCUGUGGGAGGCAGUGUUUUUGUCACCGUCGGACUCCUUGUUCUUCUUGAAUGGCAGCUGAGCGCUAUCGAGGCUCUGUUUAUAUCAUCGGCAGCAGGGCUGUCUGUUGACUUUAUUGCAAACUACUGCAUAUCCUACAACUUGGCUCCUCAUUCAGACAAAAUUGGGAAAGUGGCACACUCCACUAAGAGGAUGGGAUGUCCUGUGGCAAUAGUUUCUGGUGCUUUUUUCUCCAUGGGGAUCAUCAUGUUGCCUGCGACAGCCUUGCUGUUCAGAAAACUGGGCAUUUUCCUGUUUUUAGUGAAAUGCGUAGCGUGUGGAUUUGCAACCUUCUUUUUUCAGUCCUUAUGCUGCUUUUUUGGACCCCAGAAAAACUGUGGCAAGAUCACGCUGCCAUGUUUUUCAGAUCACACCGAUGGCACACUGUCCUCCUGCUCUGCAGCAGAUCCCGGUUCCUCGUCAGCCUCGGCUGCUAACGGGGCCUUUGGCAGAGCUCGAGUGAGGAGGAGUUAUGACAAAGAGGCAGGCGGCUAUCUCUACCCCAACCACCACCGUCAGCAGAGACAGAAACAGACUGUGGCGGGAAGAGGAGGAGGGCGGGGGCCGGAGCAGUAUGAGCUGCAGCCAUUGGCCUAUCGACUGAGCGACAGCUUUGAAAACAGCACCUGCACAAGUAAGCUGUCCAACCGACCCUCUGUGCUCUCUGACGAGAUUGAGUACUGUGGCAUAGAUGUGGGCAGAAACAGCAUGGAUGGGGACAGCGAGGCGAUGUGCAGCCAUCAACAUAAGAUCUGCCAACCACCUCCAGCCCUCCAGACCUCAUCUCCUUACAAAGAAAACACCCUGCGGCCUGUAAGCCUUGAACAAGAAGACAUAGCCAAGGACAAGAUGCUGUGUAAAACAUGCAGAGGUCAUUCUGCUGGGGUUAAACACUGGAGCAAUACAUCCUUCUCCUCAUCUUCCAGCUUAGAGGAGACCAUCAUCAGCCACACACUGGAGACCAUUGACCAGCCAUCACAAACCACAGAGGAGAGCCUCCAUCAUCACUCCAAUAAAGGGCACCUCUCCUCCCAGUCACAGAGCUCCUGCGAGGGCCUGGAGGACUCUAAUGAAACAUGCCUGAGUGACAUCAAACCAGGGCCUUCCAACGUGCAGCAAAAAGAAGAAGAAGAGGUUCAGUUACAACCGGGACAUCUAAAUGGGAAGAGAGAUACACUUCGUCUCUCUCUGAAAGAAACUGUUUAUGAGACUUGCAAUAAGGGCCGCAGCAGUCAGAGUGAAGAAGUAGUCAUCUUACCCAACAGCAAGCCAGACCUGCCAGAUGUUUGGAUAAAGCGAGAUGGACAACGGGAGGAUACAUGCUGAGCAACGGUGGAAGAAUCUUUGCAAAACACUGUGCAUUAAUUGUUCUGAAUUUCCCCCUGCAAAAAAAAGAAUUGCUGAACUUAGACAUAUAGA